AUGCAGAGAGAUUUAUUCGGUAGGCUUUUGGGAGUGACAGUGGAUCAAAAGUUGAAUCUCGAUGAAGUUUUCCAGUUCCCUUUGACACCGAUGCCUUUAUCAAUGUGUCAUGUUGACGGCUCCAUUCACAAAACUGAUAAGUCAGUACUUUUGAAAUCAUUGGAAUCUCAAAUUACCAGCAACGAACAGGAAGAUAUUGACCUGGUUGUCAUUGAUGGAUUUUUUGUUUUACACACAGUAAAAGAAAUUCCAAUACAAUAUGGUAAAAUUGCAAGCAAAUGUCUGAGUGUCUUUUUGAACCAUAAAUCAAAUGGUAUCGCAGUGAUAUUCGAUUCUUAUUUUAGUCCAUCCAUCAAAGAUAACGAGCAUUUGCUUCGGGAUAACACCGAAGAACGUCAAUUCCGAAUAUCAGGUCCCGAGCAAAAGCGCUGUACCGACUUUACAAAAGAUUUGAAAAACAUCAAUUUCAAAAAGGCUCUUAUUCAAUUUUUCAUCGAAGAAUGGUCCAAAGACGAGUACGCGAGCAAUUUCAAGUCAAAAAUACUUUAUGUCACUGCUGAUGUGUGUCACAAGUUUGAAGGUUGUUUCGACAAUUAUCGAUGA